CUCAGUAAUGUUUUGAUCGCUCUGACGAAUAGUUAAACAAAUUUGAUACGCUCCUUAAAACAAAACGAGAUUUAAUUCAAACCAAACUUCGAAGUUGUUUUUGCAAAACGUUCCCACACACAAACAAACAUACAUAUGUACAGUGUAAGAUAAUUGCGGAGUUUGUGCUAUGUUGCUGUACGUUUUCAUCAGCUCGUUGGCUUUUCUUGCCGCCUGGUUGUACAAGCUAAAUCGGGAUUAUUGUGUAAUGGCAUUUUUUGCCAAACGCUUGAAGACCGUUGAUGGCACACCGCUGGAGCUGAUUGUGCCACAGGCGAAGCCAGAGACAAUAUUCGCGAAUGUAUUCGAUUGUUUUGGCGCUGAUAAUGUUGUACUCUUCGAUAGCUGUCGCAUCUCAGCGGCCAUGCUGCGCAAAAGCUAUGUGGAAUAUGGUUUAUUUACGACAUUUUAUAAUGUAAUUACCGCCGAAGAUGCCGAAUUAUUGCUGAAUGAUAAGAAUCUAAUUACGAAAGGAAUUGCAUACUAUUUCCUAGAACCCUUUCUACACACGGGACUGCUGACGUCAACAGAUAAAAAAUGGCAUACGCGCAGAAAAAUGUUAACGCCCGCCUUUCACUUCAAUAUACUCGGACAGUUCGAGGAGGUUUUCAAAGAGGAAAGCCAAAAAUUUGUGGAACAACUGGAAGCCAUAGAUACCGAUACAGUUACUGUUAAUGAAAUUAUACCGAAAUUUACAUUAAAUAGCGUUUGUGAGGCCGCACUGGGCGUCAAACUAGAUGAACAACUCGAUGAUCAGGAAUAUCGUGCGAGUUUUAAAAUGAUCGAAGAAGCCUUUAUAGCACGUAUUAGUAAUCCUUUCUACAUGAUCGAUACCAUAUAUAAUAUAUUUAUGGCGCCUAAAAUGGAGAAACAUCUAAGAACCGUGCAUGGCUUCUCCAGCAAUAUCAUACACAAGCGUCGACAGUUAUUCGCCGCAAAGUUGGAGCAAAGUCCAGUUAAGGAGGCAAACGAAGAAGACUUCGUUUUUACAAAGAAGAAACGCUACGCCAUGUUGGAUACACUUUUACACGCCGAACGCGAUGGCCUCAUCGAUCAUGCGGGUAUUUGUGAGGAAGUGGACACAUUUAUGUUCGAAGGUUUCGACACCACAUCGAUGGCGCUGAUAUUUACCCUGAUGAACCUCUCAUUGUUUCCGGAAAUGCAGGAAUUGUGCUAUCAAGAGUUGCUCGAGCAUAUAGACGAUGAUUUGCAUAAGCUGGAUGUAAAUGAUCUUGGCAAACUGAAGUACCUGGAGUGUUUCAUUAAAGAGACUCUGCGUCUGUAUCCGUCAGUGCCGGGUAUAAUGCGCAAAGUAAUACGCGAUACCAGUCUUGCCAACAACGUCUUUUUGCCCGCCGACACACAAAUUUCCAUACAUAUUUUUGAUAUACAACGCGAUCCCAAGUAUUUCCCGGAUCCGAAUAAGUUCGAUCCGACACGUUUUACACCGGAAAACUCUGAAGGCAGGCAUCCUUACGCGUAUAUACCUUUUAGUGCUGGGCAGCGCAAUUGCAUUGGUCAAAAAUUUGCCAUGUUGGAGAUAAAAACUUUGCUGGUCUACAUGUUAAAGAAGUUCAAAAUUUUACCUUUAAUGGAUCCGAAAGAUUUGCGCUUUGAAACAGGCAUUAUUUUACGGACCCCUAACGCGAUUAAAGUGAAACUACAGAAGAGACUUAGUACCUUUUGCAUUCAUUCCAAUUGUAACUCAUACGUCAUGGUGCUCUGGACACUGGUGAUUGGUGCGAUCAUAACCGCUUGGCUGUACAAACUAAAUAAGGAUUACGUGGUGCUGACUUUAUUUGCUAAGCGUGUACGAACAGCUGAUGGCACACCGUUGCAGAAUUCAGUGGCGCUCCCCAAGGGACGUACAAUUUUCGGCAAUGCUUUCGAUUUUUUAUUGUCCUCAGAUAGUAUAUUCGAUUUUUCACGCAAACUCGCCUCCGAUAUGAAACGCAGUUAUCUCCAAUAUGGACUCUUUACACCAUUUUAUAAUAUAAUCACCGCUGAGGAUGCUAAGCUUGUGAUGAGCGAUCGAAAAAAUCUAAUCACUAAGGGUAUUGUUUAUAGUUUAAUGGAGCCCUUCUUGAAAAAAGGACUUUUGACGUCAGCAGAGACUGCUUUGGGUGUCAAAUUGAAUGACCCACAGAAAGUUGAUCAAUAUCUUGCCAGUUUCAAAAAGAUCGAAGAAUUGUUGAUAAUUUCUCCUGAGAUAAUUGACAAACGUCGUCACCUAUUCGCGGCAGAACUAGAGCAAAGUCAAGGGAGUGAAGAGGAAAAUCAAGAUUCCAAUACGAAGAAACGUUACGCCAUGUUGGACACACUCUUACACGCCGAACGCGACGGCCUCAUCGAUCAUGCGGGUAUUUGUGAGGAAGUGAACACAUUUAUAUUCGAGGGCUACGACACCACAUCGAUGGCACUCAUAUUUGCACUCAUGCACACAUGCAAGAACUGUGGCGUACGCGUUAUACCGUUGCUUUUCAUUUACAAAUUUGUGUUUAUUUGCAUUUUGCUUAGUCAUUGUAAAUUCGCAAUCAAUUUGAAUUGUAACUCAUACGUCAUGGUGUUCUGGACGUUGGUGAUUGGUGCGAUCAUAAUCGCAUGGCUGUACAAACUAAAUAAGGAUUAUGUGGUGCUGACUUUGUUUGCGAAGCGUGUGCGUACAGCUGAUGGCACACCGUUGGAGAAUUCAGUGGCGCUGCCCAAGGGACGUACAAUAUUCGGCAAUGCUUUCGAUUUGGCAUUAUCUCCCGAUAAUAUGUUCGAAUUUUCGCGCAAACUUGCCGCCGAAAUGAAACGUAGUUAUCUACAAUAUGGACUGUUUACAUCUUUUUAUAACAUAAUCACCGCCGAGGAUGCUGAACUGGUGAUGAGCGAUCAGAAAAAUCUAAUCUCCAAGGGUAUUGUCUAUGAUUUUAUGGUGCCAUUCUUGAAUAGAGGACUGCUGACGGCAUCAGGCAAGAAGUGGCACUCUCGUAGAAAAAUGCUGACUCCCGCCUUUCAUUUCAACAUAUUGGGACAAUUCGAAGAGAUUUUUAAAGAGGAAAGUAAAAAAUUUGUGGAGAAUUUGGAAGCUAGUGAUUUAAGUUCGGUGACUUUGAACGACAUUAUACCAAAAUUUACACUCAACACCGUUUGUGAGACCGCAUUGGGUGUCAAACUGGAUGAGCAAAUGAAUGCGGAUCAAUAUCGUGCGAGUUUCAAAAUGAUCGAGGAAGUAUUUUUGAUGCGACUCGCCAAUCCUUUUUACAUGAUCGAUCCCAUAUAUAAAGUAUUUUUAGCGCCUAAGAUCGAGAAACACAUCACAGUUGUGCAUAACUUCUCCAGUGAGAUAAUUGAUAAACGGCGCCAACUUUUCGCGGCGGAGGUAGAACAUAAUGAAGGCAAUGAAGAGGACAAUCAGGAAUUCAAUACGAAGAAACGCUACGCCAUGUUGGACACGCUCUUACGCGCCGAACGCGAUGGACUCAUCGAUCAUGCGGGUAUAUGUGAGGAAGUGGACACGUUUAUGUUCGAAGGUUUCGACACCACAUCGAUGGCGCUGUUAUUUUCCCUCAUGAAUCUCUCACUAUAUCCCGAAAUGCAAGAACGUUGCUAUCACGAGAUACUUGAAUAUGUUGACGAUGAUUUGAGCCAAUUGGAGAUUGCACAGCUAGCCAAACUUAAGUACCUGGAGUGUUUCAUUAAAGAGACUUUCCGUCUAUAUCCCUCAGUGCCAGUCAUAGCGCGUGAGGCUGCAAAUGAGACACGUCUUGCCAACAAUUUAAUAUUGCCGAAGGGUGCACAAAUUACUAUACACAUAAUAGAUAUACAUCGUAGUGACAAAUACUACGAAAAUCCAAACAAAUUCGAUCCGGAACGUUUCACGCCCGAAGCUUCAGCCGGGCGACAUCCUUUCGCUUUUGUACCAUUCAGCGCAGGACAAAGAAAUUGUAUCGGACAAAAAUUCGCUGUGCUGGAAAUUAAGACGCUUUUGGUCAACAUUUUAAAGAAAUUUAAAAUUUUACCGCUAAUGAAGAAUCAGGAUCUAGAGCUCGAAGCUGGUAUGAUUAUAAGAACACCAAGUGCCAUUAAAGUUAAGUUGGAGAAAAGAAUUUGAAUUUUAAAAAAGAUGUGUGUUUUAUUUUAUAAAUUUUAAAAACAAAUUUUGUAUGGCCAAGUUACAUAUAUAAGUGAGUGUAGUAAAAUUCACGCUUCUUUUUUAUAAAUUAAUGUGUAUAGUUUUCAAUAAAAGUGUCAGUAUUUGACAGCUGUCAACUGUUCAGCUGAUCAGAUUUUUAAUAAAGUAA